GUACAAUACCUAUGGUUACAUCAUUUAUUUCAACAUUGAAUAUAAAUACUGGUGUAGCGCAACUUAGCGCCUGGCUUACUAGUCAAGCUAUUCAUGUACCUCCUGGUUGGAUUGAUGCUUGUGUGGCUUGGCUUGCUGAAGAGCAUGGAGGUAUUGAUGCAUGUAAUCAUCUUACAAAGUCUGAUUGGUGUCAAUUAAUAUAUGAGCAAUGGCUUCAUUCUGAUUUGAAGCAGUUAGAAUGUCCAGUUCUACCGUCAACUAUAUCUACUUCAAGAAAUCCCCAUGACAAUUCGCUUAGCAGUGGUACUGAUGCAAAUACCAUGAAUUCACCUGCACUUAAGCUGGAUGGUGAACUUUGUCUCCAAGUUGUCAAUUUAUUCAACAUAGGUGAAUCAUACUAUGGUCAACUAAGACGACAUGAGGGUAAUUUGAGCGUGAAUCUACCUUCAUUGGAAGUAGACGGUGAAAAUAAUCCAGAUGGACAUACUACACAAAUGACACAAGCUUUUAGUCAAUAUCUUAAUCAAAGUCCAACUCAAACAAACAAUUUUAGACAGUCAACAAUGGCCAAUUGUCUCACUCUAUUUCUUACUGAUGGAGUAAAUGAAAUCAAAGUUAUUGAAUUUGGCACCCAAUCCACAAGAUCACGAUCUUCUUUACCUUUUAAAGAAUUAUCAAAAAAACUUCGACCUGGAGUAAAAAUUCGUCUACGUGGACCAUUACUUUUACGUAAUAACGUCUUACUUGUUCCUCCCGGUGCUUUACAGUCACUAUCAAGCCAUCAAUUGGAAGUUUUAGGCGGUGAGGUUGAUGAACUCUUAGAAAACUAUGAAGAAAAUACUAUGUAUGAGGUUGGUAAACUAUUGGCUAAUAAACUAAAUAUACCGUUAACUGAAAAUAACAGCUUGCCGUCUUGGUUUCCUCGUGUAUCAUCUAGACAGUUACGCAGCUCAGGUGGUGAUAAUCUGUUACCUAGUAUAGAAGUGCCCAAUGAGCAGUCUAAUUAUGUACGAGACGUUCAACAAAACCGUGAUAAUAACAUUUCUAACAGUGGGAAUGGCAGAGAUCCACUAAGUUCUGUUCGUUACCCAUUGAGCACUGCUUCUACUGGUGAUAGGGGUGUCGUCGGUGGCAGUGGUAGCGUUUCUCCAGAAUUAUGGGAUGAUGAAAUAUUCGAUGAUGCAAUAUUGAGUCAUGCUGCUCAAUCUAUGGAGAAACAGUUAGAUUGUAGUAGAAGUAGUGUAUCGAUUCCACGAAGUUCUGUCCAUUCGUUCAAUGAUCCACUUCGUUUACCAACAAGUGUUAUAUCUGAUGAACGAGAGCGACUGUCAAAUGAAUCUAAAUUUAGUGGUCUUCAACGUACUCACAGUGUUGUUGAUGAGAGCGAAAACAAUGUUUCUAUUGAUAGCGAUGAUCCGUUUUUAGAAGAUCAAGUCGAUCCAGAUAUAUUGGCUUCUGCUCUAGCUGAAAUAGACGAACAACAGUCAAUGAAUUCUACAAACUUUCCCAAAACUAAUCAGUUAAAAGGGAAUGAGAUGCGAAUUUUUCAAUCCAAUAAAAAUGUAUCCGAAAAAACUGCAACUUCGUCCACAUUAUCAUCAACUUUAAUGAAAACAAGUACAGUAAGUCAACCGAUAAAAUCACAAAUAGAAUCAAAACAAAGUUUGAAACAAACGUUAUUAAAGCUACAGUCACGCAGUCGAUUAGUGAAUAAACUGAAUGAUAAUCCAUCACUCCCUUCUUCUUCUUCUUCUAAACCGCAACCGACUGAACCAUUCUCACCAGAACCAGUAAAACCAGACAUCAAAAAAGUACAAACUAACAUCGACAACAAUGAAGAUCUUCUGCCACCAGUUCCUAAACGUAAAAUAUUGGAAUUCAAACAAACAAACAGUACUAUUGCAAGUAAUAGUAAAUCUAACAAUAUACUACAGUUUGCAUCUUCAUCCAGCCAUCAAGUUGUUUCAACGGCUACAGAAGAUAAUCAUGAUAAACACAUGGUCAGUAGUAGACAACUGUCAUCCAGUUCAUUGGGAAUUGAUUAUCACUUUCAUCCAUUUUGUUAUAUUCAAGAUAUAUAUGAUAAACUACUUAAAACAAAAGAUAGUAGUAAUGGUUCAGCCUCCAUAAAUACUGUUUACACAAUUCGUGGUUUGCUUAUUAGUUUGUUGUCAUCAUUAGAACAUCAUAAUGGUACUAAAUGGACACUAGCUGUGCGAAUUACAGAUGGUAGUGCAAUUCUUGAUCUAGAUGUCGCUUCAGACUUACUAACUGAAUGGAUUGGUUUAACUCCUAGUGAAAGUGAAUCAUUAAGACGAUUGAGUAAAAUUGACUCGGAUUCUUCGAAUCCACUUGCACUUCAAGAGGCACAAAAACAUCGUCAACGUUUACGUACAGCAUUAACAAAUUUCCAAAUAUUUUUAUCACAUUUAGGCGGUUUAUUCAAUAUUACAAUUCAAACAUGCAAUGAUAAUGUUGUAAAAUGUGAAAAGAAUACAGCAAACAAUACUAAUACUGCUAAUACUACUACUACUACUACUAGUAGUAGUAGUAUCGAUCAGUCAUCUUUAUCAUCAUCGAUACGUCCCAUUUUAAUAGGUUAUAAAGAAAUAGAUCAAUGUUGGUUGAAAGAAUUACAAAAUAGAAUUAAUGUUCGUUAUACAGAGAAAAGUUUGUUGUAAAAGAUGAAAGAUAAAUAAAUGAAUUUUCAUGUUAUUCUUCAUUUUGUAAAUAAAUUAAUUAAUAUAUUUGUGCUUAGUUUUAUGUGUAUUACAGUUUAUGUUUGAACAGUAUUAUUUUAUUACAUUCCAAAGGAAAUGUAAAAUUAUAUGCAAAUAUUUACUAUAACGAUGACAAAACAUACUGUCUCCUUUUGUUUUCUUAUUGGUUUUUGUGGUAAAUGAUGGAUAAUAAUUACACUUGUGACAGUUUAAUGAUGUUUUAAUUGGUUGGAAUUGUACAAAGUCGACUAGGUUUUUCUUAAGGGCGAAUAUUAAUAAUGUGUGAUAUGGAUUAGUAGUAUCUUGAUUCGAAUUUCUCAUUGGUUAUUAGUUAUAUACAUCAGUAAAUCUUCUAAUUAAUCACUUGUAACCGACUUUCUAAAUACUUCUCUAGACUCUAUAUCUACACUCAAAAUCGUAUAAUAGGAAAAAGGCGCGAAUUAUGAGUAGAAGCUUCAAUUUAAAUUGAAUUGAUAUGCAUAAAAUCGGAUUCACUUGUCGGUUUUUUUUAGUGACCUUGAUCUUCUAGAAACUUCCGUAGACUUCCGAAUGCAGUAUUAACGUAGGUAAUUAUUCAGCGUGAUAUAUAAUCGUUCAUUUUCCCAGAUGGCUCUGACGGGCUCCUCACAAUGCCGACCGGACGAAACUUUUUGACCCUUUCUAGACUUAAAGUGACUUUGUAGAGGGAUAUUUAUGAACUUCCGACAACACGAAUGUUAUUUUGUUGUAUAUUUAAGUUAUGAACAUCUCUUUUUGAC